AUGUCGACUAUAACGAUCCACCCGCCAGACACCAAGGCGUCGGCAGCCUCACCGCUUCCUACUCUCCUCAAGACACCCGGUGGUCUGGCCCUCCUUGAUCUCCAAGGCACAAUCAACCACCCAAAGCAGCCCAACGGCGAGCCCUUGAUCGGCGACUUCAGCUUUGGCCGUCUCGAGUUCCCAGAGUAUGAUCCCGACUCUGUCAUCGGCGGCACAGCCUGGAUGAAACGUGUCUUUCUCUACGUGGGCGAGUACCAGCGACUCAACGGCGAGGUGAAGAAGCUGGCCAAGCCCUUUGCGAUUGUGGGCAAGAAGCAGCAGCAAGAAGCAGCCGGAGAAGGGAAAGAGGACGAGCUGGAGAUUGUCGACAUCGUCAAGUACAAAUUGCUCUUCUCGGGACGACCUGAGCCGGUCGGCACCACGCAUGCACCAGCUUGA